ACGCGGAAGCUGCUGCAAUCUGUAAUGGAAGAGACGAGGAAGCUCGAUCGCACGGGCGAGGAAGGGGGGGGGGGGGGGAAGAAGGAUUGUUAUACUGGAUAAAUUAAUUGUGUAUUGGGUCUGAGGCAUCACGUCUCCCAUUGCCACUCCAGUCGCCGUCUUUCUGCAGCCCUAAAAGCUGCGAUUCCCAGCUGCAGAAAGCCCCAAGCGUCUUCUGUCUUCGCCAUUUUCAGACCCAAAGCCACCGCCAUUGAUAAAAAAAAGAAGCAAUCAAGAAGAAGAAAUCAUGACAAUGUCUACGGGUUUGUUCUGGAUGAUGAUUGCGAGCCUCCUCGUGUUCUUUUCCAGAGUUGUCUAUUGUGAAGAGCCUAUACCGGAGAAUCUGAUGAUACGACGUUCGAGGAGCAUGAAGCAACAAUACGUUGAAUCAAGGAAUGCGACUAGUGUUCGUCUACCAGCUCUAGAUGACACUUCUGAUUCUGGAACAAUUGACAGCAGAUUAACCCCCACCACAUAUUCAUUUCCAAAUGAAACUUGUACAGGGGAAUGCAUCAUUGACAUAAGAGCUAAUGAAAGUCGCGAUAGUGAUGGCAAUGCUGACAUUGCUAGUGAUGAGACUCUACAACCACCCGCAAGUCGCAAUGAUGAGCCAUCACGUUCACGGCCUAGGAUUAUUAAUUUUGUUCCUAGUAGUAAUAUCAAUUGGCUUCUGCACCAUUUGCGAGAGUUUCGACCAGUUGAUGAUUCAUGGCUAAAAGUGUUGGCAGCGAUACUCAUUCAAGCCUCUGCUUCCACUAGUGUCCAUAGUGGCUCAUCAUCGGUUUUUAAGGUUGCUAUUGCAGUGGCCUUUUCAGCUAGUUUGACUGCACUUUUACUUCGCUAUAAUAAUGGAGAUAUAGCCCCCCGAUGCCUAGUUAAGCUUGGGGCCAUUGCUUAUACAAUUGUGAUGUAUGAGGCCAGUGUGAACGAUCUUCCAACGUCGAUUAGGUGCAUCAUCACAGUGGCCUUUCUCAUCGCAGUCGCCACAGUGAUCAAUGCUUGAAAGUAAUCACCUUAUUCAACAUGAAAUAUACUUAAUUAAGUAAUAUUGUGAGACAAGAAUGCAGAGAUGUAUUUGUUUGUUGUAUGUUCCUUCAAAUUUGGUACUUUUUUCCCCUUUUUUGCUUUGAUGUAAGAGAAUUUCAUUUUAAUGCAUGGCAAGGAACACUGGACCAGUUUUCUCCCU